CGGACCGGGUGCAGCAUGUUUUCUGCUAGCUUCGUCUGCAUACUUUACCUUCCAACUCAAUUCUGUGUGAUCGUAUGAAUCUCUAAUACACCAUACUGACGCUUUAACCAUAAAGUGCUCCGGAAACUGCAGCAUGAAGACGAAGAAGAAGCUCUCUUCAGCCCGCAGUAGCUCGGAGAUUGAAGACCACGAUGAUGCUAAGAUGGAGGUCUCUACUACGUACUACGAUGUCCAGCAGCUGUUGGUGAGUAAAGAAGAGCUUCCACCUGAGCAGCAGGAGUGGAGCCACAUUCUGGACCAGGAGGACACCAAGCCCCAACACAUUAAAGAAGAACAUGAGGAACUGUGGAGCAGUCAGGAGGAAGAACAGCUUGAAAGACUGAAGGAGGCUGAUACCACCAAGUUCCCCUUCACUCCUGUCUCUGUGAAGAGUGAAGAUGAUGAAGAGAAACCUCAGUCCUCACAGCUUCAUCAGAGACAAACUGAACAGAUGGAAACAGGAGUUGAUGGAGAGGACUGUGGAGGCGCAGAACCAGAGAGCGACUUAGAGCCAGAGAGACCUUUACAACCUGAGAUUGAGGUCAAGAUUGAAGACUCUGAUGAACCUGAGACUGAUGACAGUGAUGAUUGGCAAGAGAAAAGAGAAGAUUUGUCAGAAUUAAACUUGAAAAAUAAGAAACUUAACACUGGUAAGAGAGCACAUAGGUGCUCUGAAUGCAGCAAAAGAUUUAACAAAAAACAGCAUCUGACCAGACACAUGUUAGUUCAUACAAGACAGAAACCCUACAGCUGCUCUCAGUGUGAGAAAAGAUUUAACCAAAAAGGGCAUCUGACCAGCCACUUUAUGAUUCACACUGGAGAGAAACCCUUCAACUGCUCUCAGUGUGAGAAAAGAUUUAACCAUAAGUCUAGCUUGACAAGUCACAUGCUAAUUCACACAGGAGAGAAACCCUUCAACUGCUCUCAGUGUGAGAAAAGAUUUAACCGAAAGCGGCAUCUAACCAGCCACAUGAAGAUUCACACUGGAGAGAAACCCUUCAACUGCUCCCAGUGUGAGAAAAGAUUUAGCCAUAAGUCUACUUUGACAAGUCACAUGGUAAUUCACACAGGAGAGAAACCCUUCAACUGCUCUGUUUGCAGUAAAAGGUUUACCCAAAGAACAAGUCUGACCAAACACAUAUUAAUUCAUACAGAUGUCCAGCAGCUGUUAGUGAGUAAAGAAGAGCUUCCACCUGAGCAGCAGGAGUGGAGCCACAUUCUGGACCAGGAGGACACCAAGCCCCAACACAUUAAAGAAGAACAUGAGGAACUGUGGAUCAGUCAGAAGGAAGAACAGCUUCAAGGACUGGAGGAGGAUGAUACCACCAAGUUCCCCUUCACUCCUGUCUCUGUGAAGAGUGAAGAUGAUGAAGAGAAACCUCAGUCCUCACAGCUUCAUCAGAGACAAACUGAACAGAUGGAAACAGGAGUUGAUGGAGAGGACUGUGGAGGAGCAGAACCAGAGAGGUACUCAGAUCCAGAGAGACGUUUACAACCAGAGACUGAGGUCGAGACUGGAGACUCUGAUGAAUCUGAGACUGAUGACAGUGAUGAUUGGCAAGAGACAAGAGAAGAUCUGUCAGAAUUAACGCAUAGGUGCUCUGAGUGUGGUAAAAGAUUUAACCAAAAAGGGAAUCUGACCAGUCACAUGAUGAUUCACACAGGAGAGAAACCCUUCAGCUGCUCUGAGUGUGCGAAAAGGUUUAGUUCUAAGGGAAAUCUGACUAGACACAUGAUGAUUCACAGAGAGAAACGCUACAGCUGUUCUCAGUGUGAGAAAAGAUUUACCCGUAAGGCUGGUUUGACAGAUCACAUGGCAAAUCACAGAGAGGAGAAACCCUUCAGCUGCCUUGAGUGCGGUAAAAGAUUUAACCAGAAAAAGGUUCUGACCAGACACAUGUUAGUUCAUACAGGAAAGAACCACUUCAGCUGCCUUGAGUGUGGUAAAGAUUUUCUCCUAAGAGAGGGUCUGACCAGACACAUGUUAGUUCACACAGGAGAGAAACCCUACAGCUGCUCACAAUGUGAGAAAAGGUUUACCGAUAAGUCUAGUUUGACAUAUCACAUGGCAAUUCACAGAGGGGAGAAAUCCUUCAGCUGCCUUGAGUGCGGAAAAAGAUUCUACCGAAAAAAAGUUCUGACCAGGCACAUGUUAAGGCAUACCGGAGAGAAACCCUUCAGUUGCUCUGAGUGUGGUAAAAGAUUCAACCGAAAAGAUCUUGUGACCCAACACAUGUUAGUUCACACAGGAGAGAAACCCUUCGGCUGCUCUGAGUGUGGUAAAAGGUUUAAUUCUAAGAUAAAUUUGACCACACACAUGAUGAUUCACGCUGGAGAGAAAUGCUAAUCCAGUGCAAUGGUAAAAGUGAUCCAAAGAAAUUCAAGUUAACAACAUCACUAAUGUCUAUUCAUAAGUAUGUAUUGACUAACAGAUGUAUAACUGCUGUUAUAACGGGAUAU